AUGGAGGCAGCGGUAUUUGGCGACGGGCCGCGGUUCUCGCCCGUCUCUUUGAGCGACCACGCCGGCCAGCUGUGGAUUGUGACCAUCCUGGCCCUCAUCUACAGCUCGCUUGUCACUACCGCCAGGGCCUAUGUCAAGUACAAGAUGUUUGGGAUAGACGACCUCCUGAUCGCUUUAGCAACGGCUUUGCAACUCGCCCAGUCGAUUGCCAUCUUCGUGGGACUCGGAAAUGGCCUUGGCAAGUUCAACUCGAUUACAACUUCGGAGCAGUGGGCGACGUCUUCCAAGUCGACGUUGGCGGCCAUGAUUCUCAGCUUCUUGACGUUGUGUCUGUCGAAAUGCUCUCUGCUCGCGCUUAUACUUCGCAUCAUCGGCCGCAAGACCGGUAAGAGCAGACCGAUCUGCAUCGCCAUGAUGGUUGUGAGCGCGCUGUGGGGAGUCGGAUCUUGCGUGGCGUACCUGGCGAACUGUCGAGCCGAUACGUUAUUAACGUCGCAAAACAUUACGCAGUGCCCGAGUCAGGGUGCACGCUGGGCCGUCAUCACCGCCGUUGACAUCUUUACCGAACUGGCCGCUUGGCUUCUCAUGGUUGAGCUGACUUGGAAGGUCAACAUGUCUGCUACUCGCAAGCUCCAGGUCAUCAUGGCGUUCGCCUUCCGCCUGCCGCUGAUCAUCCUCGCCGGCAUCCACCUGGCGUAUUUCAACAAGUAUCCGUCCUCUGCCGAGCCACAGUUCACCGUCAUCGACAGCCUGCUGUUCCAGCAAGCCAUGAUCUCCUGGUCCCUCAUCUCCGCCACGGUGCCGAACCUGAAGAACUUUCUCAAGUCCUUUUCCAUCGGCAUGGGGUUCCCGCUCGCGUACGACGACACCAUGACCGGCUCGGGCGGCGCGUACGCGAUGCGGUCUUUCCCCAACAGCCGUUCCAAGGGCACGGCGUCCGCCGUCGCAAACACGGGCGUAGUGUCCACGACCAUCUCGGCCCGCCGUCCGAGCGACGGCGGCAACCUGCGUGGUGGCCAAGCGGCGCACGAAUGGUCGGCGGAUCGCGCGUCGAAUCAGACAAUGGAUACGCAGCCGUAUGCGACGAGCAGUCGGGAAAAUAUUGACGACGACGCCAACUCCAGGACCGGCAGCCAAGACAUGAUUAUCAACAAGGAGAUUGCCUGGAAAAUCACGUAUGAAGAUCGGCCAUAG